GGGCGCGCGGGGACAAUGGCGGCGGCGGCGCUGGCGGCGGGCGGAGGCCCCGGGAGCGGCCCCGCGGCGGCCCCGGCGGGCGGGCCCGGCCCCGCGCUGGCCGCGGCGCGCCGCAAGGACGGCGGCCCUGCCGGCAAGUUCUGGGAGAGCCCCGACACCGUGUCCCAGCUCGACUCGGUCCGCGUGUGGCUGGGGAAGCACUACAAGAAGUACGUCCAGGCAGAUGCUCCUACCAAUAAAACGUUGGCUGGGCUGGUGGUACAGCUGCUGCAAUUCCAGGAAGAUGCCUUUGGAAAACACGUCACCAAUCCUGCCUUCACAAAGCUUCCUGCAAAGUGCUUCAUGGAUUUCAAAGCUGGAGGUACAUUAUGUCACAUUCUUGGUGCUGCUUACAAAUAUAAGAAUGAACAGGGCUGGAGGAGGUUUGACCUGCAGAAUCCCUCCCGGAUGGAUCGGAAUGUGGAGAUGUUCAUGAACAUUGAGAAAACACUGGUGCAGAACAACUGUCUGAGCAGACCAACCAUCUACCUCAUCCCUGACAUGGAGCUGAAGCUGGCCAACAAGCUGAAGGACAUUGUCAAACGUCACCAGGGAACAGUCACUGAAGAGAAAUCCAAGGCUACCCACCAUGUGUAUCCAAGUCCUACCUCAAUGGAUGAUGAUGAGUGGUUGAGACCUGUGAUGAAAAAGGACAAGCAGGUGCUGGUACACUGGGGCUUUUUUCCAGACAGCUACGACACCUGGGUCCACGCCAACGAAAUCGAUGCGGAGAUUGAGGACGCCCCGAUCCCCGAGAAGCCGUGGAAGGUUCAUGCCAAGUGGAUUCUGGACACUGAUGUGUUCAAUGAGUGGAUGAAUGAAGAGGAUUAUGAGGUGGAUGAGAACAGGAAAUCCGUGAGCUUUCGCCAGAGGAUCUCCAUGAAGAAUGAGGAGCCCGUGCGGAGCCCCGAGAGGAGGGACAGGAAAGCAGCAGCCAGCACAAGGAAGAGGAAACAUUCCCCUUCUCCACCCCCCACGCCUGUGGAGUCCAGGAAAAAGACAGGGAAAAAAGGACAAGCAGCUCUCUAUGGCAAAAGGAGGGGGCAGAAGGAAGAGGAUGAGCAGGAGGAUCUCACCAAGGACAUGGAGGAUCCCACCCCAGUACCCAACAUAGAAGAAGUGGUACUUCCCAAAAAUGUGAACCCGAAGAAGGACAGUGAGAACACACCCGUGAAAGGAGGAACCGUGGCAGACCUGGAUGAGCAGGAUGAGGAGACAGUGGCGACUGGAGGAAAGGAGGACGAGGACCCCAACAAGGGCGACCAGAGCCGCUCCGUGGACGCGGGGGAGGACAACGUCACCGAGCAGACCAACCACAUCAUCAUCCCCAGCUACGCCUCCUGGUUCGACUACAACUGCAUCCACGUGAUUGAACGCCGUGCGCUCCCAGAAUUCUUCAAUGGGAAGAACAAGUCCAAGACUCCAGAAAUAUACCUGGCCUACAGGAACUUCAUGAUCGACACGUACCGGCUGAACCCGCAGGAGUACCUGACCAGCACUGCCUGCAGGAGGAACCUCACCGGGGACGUCUGCGCCGUCAUGAGGGUCCACGCCUUCCUGGAGCAGUGGGGGCUCAUCAACUACCAGGUGGAUCCCGAGAGCCGCCCCAUGGCCAUGGGCCCCCCCCCGACCCCCCACUUCAACGUGCUGGCCGACACCCCCUCGGGGCUGAUGCCCCUGCACAUCCGCACCCCGCAGGUUCCAGCUGCCCAGCAAAUGCUGAACUUCCCUGAGAAGAGCAAGGAGAAGCCAACUGACCUGCAGAACUUUGGCCUUCGCACAGACAUCUACUCCAAAAAGACUUUGGCCAAGAGUAAAGGUGCAAGUGCUGGCAGAGAAUGGACAGAGCAGGAGACACUGCUGCUGUUAGAGGCCCUGGAGAUGUACAAGGACGACUGGAACAAGGUGUCGGAGCACGUGGGCAGCCGCACGCAGGACGAGUGCAUCCUGCACUUCCUGCGCCUGCCCAUCGAGGAUCCCUACCUGGAGAACUCGGACGCCUCGCUGGGGCCCCUGGCCUACCAGCCCGUGCCCUUCAGCCAGUCGGGCAACCCCGUCAUGAGCACCGUGGCCUUCCUGGCCUCCGUGGUGGAUCCGCGCGUGGCCUCGGCCGCCGCCAAGGCCGCCCUCGAGGAGUUUUCCCGGGUCAGAGAGGAGGUGCCCCUGGAGCUGGUGGAAGCCCACGUGAAGAAGGUGCAGGAAGCAGCUCGAGCCUCUGGGAAGGUGGAUCCCACCUACGGCCUGGAGAGCAGCUGCAUCGCUGGCACGGGCCCCGAGGAGCCCGAGAAGAUGGAUGGAGCUGAGGAGGAGAAAAUGGAAACGGAGGCAGAGGGGCAGCCAGCAGAGAAGGUGGAGAGCAAAGCCGAGAGCGAAGCCGAGGAAGGGGAGAAGGUCCCGGAAGGGGAGAACGAGCGGAACGCGGAGAAGGAGCCGGAGAGCGAAGGGGCUGCGGAGCCCAAGACAGAGGAAAAAGAGGCAGAGGAGAACAAGGAGAAUGUUGACGGCAGCAAGGACAAAGAGGCUGAGGCUGGGAAGAAGAAAGUGGAACAUGAAAUCUCCGAGGGAAACGUGGCCACAGCUGCAGCUGCUGCCCUGGCCUCUGCUGCCACCAAAGCCAAGCACCUGGCAGCUGUGGAGGAGAGGAAGAUCAAGUCCCUGGUGGCCCUUCUGGUGGAGACUCAGAUGAAGAAGCUGGAGAUAAAACUUCGCCACUUUGAGGAGCUGGAAACCAUCAUGGACCGGGAGAAAGAGGCACUGGAGCAGCAGAGGCAGCAGCUGCUGACGGAGAGGCAGAACUUCCACAUGGAGCAGCUCAAGUACGCCGAGUUAAGGGCUCGCCAGCAAAUGGAGCAGCAGCACAGCCAGAACCCCCAGCAGCCCCACCAGCACCCCAGCGGGCCUGGCAUCACCCCCCUGGGGGCACCAGCACACCCAGGGCUGCUGCCCCACCAGCAGCCCCCGCCCUACCCCAUGAUGCACCACCAGAUGCCACCUCCUCACCCACCUCAGCCAGGUCAGCUGCCAGGGCCUGGCUCCAUGCUGCCAGGCCAGCCCAUGCCAGGCCGGAUGAUGUCUGCCAGCAUCCACCCCGCAGGCGGGGCCGCCCCGCCCGGGAUGGCCCCCAUGGCCGGGAGCCUGAUGGGGCCGCGCGUGCCACUGGCCGCCCCCAACGGAAUGUAUCCCGGCCCGGCGCAGCCACCGCCGCCCGCGGAAGGAGUGACCCCGCCGCCGGCCGGAGCCCCGCCGGCCUCAGCCGCUCCCUAAGCAGCCGAGGCAGGAGGAAGGAGCUCCCACAGCAGCACAGUGGUGACCAAAAGAGAAUUCCUCAGUUCCCUUCUGUUCCCUGGGGAGGCGUCCCCUCCUCUCCCGGCCGCGGGUGUGUGAUUUGCGUUCCCCGCUCCCCUCGGCAGCCCGGCAGAACUCGGCAUUCCCUUGGGAAGGCUGCAGGCAGGGAUGCCAGGAGUGCCUCCGUGUUGCUGCUGGGAAGUCCUUUACCCCUUGGCCUGCUUGCCUUGCAGAGCUCCACGCUGGUUUCCUUCCUCUUGGUGCUGGGCUUUUCCUGGAAGGGUGAAACGUUUAAGCCAGGUUUUAGGGCAGGAGCUGAGUUUAGGAUGUGCCCGCUCCGGGGUGAUUGGGUGUUCCAGGCUCUCUGGGCAGAGCAAAGCACCGAGAGGAGAGGCCAAACCAGAGCUGGGAGCAGAGCAGGAGAAGCAGGGCGUGCUGCAGCACGGGCAGCCGUGCCCACAGGGGUUCCUGGUGGCUGUGGCCAGAGCUGCCUCUAACUUAUUACAGGAAAUAUUGAUCCAGGGGAAUGAAACCAGGAGCGAAUCAAUCGGAAUAAAACCACUCAAUGGUAGGAGUUCUCUUGCUCCGGUUUUCACCUUUCCUUUGCCUUUGGAGGUGGUAGUUGGACCUUCCCUGAGUAGUUCGGUGCAGUAGCCAACUGAGGAAUAACCCCCCCAUUUUUAGUCCCUCUUUUUGGAGCAUAUACUUUGUACUUUUUAAAAUGAAGAAAACAAACAAACAAAAAAAAAAAAGUAGGUAGCGAAGAAGUGCUAGGAUUUGGGAUUGGGUUGGGAUGGCUGGGAUGGGAAUGCCAGAACUACCUCUGGACGGCCGGGGCAGCAGCUGGGACAGCUCCUGUCACCCCCCACUGCAGCUGGAGGGGUGGGGAGGGGAACAGCUGCAGCAGGCAGAUCUGGGAGCACUCCAGAGCUGCUGCUGCACACCUCCAGGCUGCCAAAACUUGGGGAAAAGUCCUGCAAAAAGUCCUUUUCUGCCCGUGGUUCGGGUUCUCUGCCCUCAUCCUGGCCCAGGAGCGUUUGGGGUUUCCCUGCUGAGGGUCUGGACGCUGCUCCUUGAUUUCAGGGGUGGCUUUUGUCCAGGUGGGAGUUGAGGUUGGGCUGGAGAGAGGCUCCCAAAAUCUCUGGAACCUCCAGAACCGCUUCCACCAUUUAAAAAUUAAGGAUUUGCCAGGUCUUCCAGCACGACUCCGCGCAGAGAGCGGCCGGGGCCUUCCCAUUCCCCUUCCCAAGGCUUCCUUCCCCUCCAGGGUCUUUGGGGUGAGCGUGGGAUUUCUGGUGCAGCCCUUAGUCCAGUUUAGAGUAACCUCAGGUUGUUUUUAGCGUGAGCGAUUCCCAGGAUCCAGGUGGAGACUAUUUUUUACUGUCCUAGUGCUGGUCCUGCCGAGGACCUGGAUCCUGGGCUCUCUUUUGUUUCUGUAUAAAUAAUCCCUGUGCCCACUUUUUCACCUGAUCUCUGUAUAGGGCCGGUUUGAUUCCUGCAGCAGCCACCCAAUUUUGUGAAAUAAAAGCAAAAAAAAGCGGUUUUUGUACAAAGCC